AUGUUCCAACCAAGUGUGUAUAAAGGCACAACCGGGCAAUAUUUCGCCGAGCCCGCCGGCGACCGAAGCGACUACUACUGGGUUACGGUAUGGUUCCCCAAAGACAUGGAUCAUCGCGGCAUUCCGGAUUCGGCAAUUAUGUUGUCGGUAAAGCGUAAAAUUGAAAACGGCGAGUUCAGUAUAGAAGAUCAGGCAAUGCAUGGUAUAGGUAAAAAGUGUCUCUCGAUCCCUAUCAAGCGCGAUCCGGAUACGCCUAUGCCCAAGUCGCAUAGGUUUGACCCUACGCAUCCCGACCUUCUUCUUGCUCGAAAUCUUGCGGAUUAUUGGAUUAAUCAGAUCGACACCAGGAAAGUCACUCUAGAUCAACGGAUGAUUUUUGUUCAAACUCGUCGUAAGAGGGUGAGACUAGCAGACAUGUUGGAUGUAGGAGAAGUUCUGAUGGAUCCUUGGAAUAUUAUGUAG